UAAACCCCCAGGGUCUGACGUGGAAGAAACCAAGAGGAAGGGUAGAACCGAGAUUUUAGACAAUUUCCAUUCUCACUGUUUCCUCAUACAGCAAAUGGAAGGUUAAUUUAAUAAUCUGCUUCUAACGCCUGUUCAGCGAGGAAUCUCCCUUAAUUGAAAGAAAAAGCCUCUAAACAAAUGAGCAAAUCAUGGGAUUGAUCCAUACUUGGUGCCAAACUGCUGAAGCUUGUGCUUGAACGGGGCUUGCCGUUAGCAGAGACCAGAUCUGUUGCUGGGGAUGAAAUGGGACACGCAUCAACACUGAGUUGAAUCCAAAGGGGGAUAUUUCAUCUCUCCUCCUUGCUUUCCGCUCGGGAGUUUACAGAGGGGUUAGACAGAACAGAGGACCAUCCGUACUGCUGUAAAUGACCCUCAGAAAGCUCUCUGACACUACGCCAGCAUUUGAUGGUAUGUGAAUAGAUGUCCUUGAGGUAGUUUUCAAGAGGAAUUUGCUCUCCAAGGAUGAAAGGAACGUCUCUAUGAAGAGGAAUCGGAUUCAAUCGUUCUAGCAAACAAGUAAUCAAGCUUAGAACAGCUUCAACGAGAACAUGUUGACUCAGGAAGCUCUGUUAUAACAAACUUAAAGCUGUUUCUUGGCAUGAAAAACACAGCUGAGAAUCAGCAAUGAAUACACGUGAUUCAAGAGUUGUCUUCACGAACGAAUUAUUCACGGAAAUUUAACAAGAGUUUUGAACAGAUUGGCACAUUGCACCCAGCCGAUGAACCUCUCCGAUUCCAAGGCGAGUUUUGGAAGAGCGUGCCAGUGAAGGUUCAUACUCUGUGUCCUGACUUUUGAGGGAUGCUCGAUCGAGACAAGGCUUGACUGGAAAGAUGUCUACAGGGAAUACUGGAAGAUAGAGGACUGAUUGCUUUUCAUAUCCAUCUCACUACCAGAUAUGGGUUGAGUGCAGUAUUUGAAUGAUGGUAACCAUAUCAUCAAUAUUCGAGAUUCUCGUGAACUAAAACAAGACGUAAAAGUAACAGUUAAUGUAUCAAAUUUAGUCAGCUGAAUCUGUAUUUACAAAAGCUGUGGCCAUUACUAACCCUCGUGGUUUCUUACGAUGAAUGUGGAUUUGGUUCCCUGCCAUUAAUGGACUGCUGAUUAAAUCUGCCUGUGCAACAUUCCCCGUGAGGACCUUUCGCCUAAAAACAAAACGGAAGCCGAGGGUUGAAUAACGGAUUGAGAUUCAUGUGUCUGUGGAUGUCUCCAUCUUGCUGGGAAUGUGUUCAUGAUUCACUCAGGAGAAACAUGCGCUGUAACAUACACGUGUUAACGUCUCUGACCUUCAUAUUUGGAGCUAUCACUGUGGGGUCGCUGUGUCUGUCUGUGUCGACAGAUUGCUGGCUUGUAACCAGAGAACAUAUCAAACCUUUCGAUGAAGAAGGAAAUAUUAUAAAAAAUGCCUCUAAAUUUUGGCUACAGACAUGGUCUGGAUUAUGGAAAUAUUGUGUAAAGAAUGAAUAUAUGGUGUCUGCCGUCUGUUCCCCCAUAAGCUACCAAGUCGGUAACGAAGGACGAGAAAACGAGGCUGAAACGACCAUGACGAUAAUUGGAGCCAUGCGGGGAUCGGUGCCUCUCCCUGUCACAGCGUUAAUCUUGGCCUUAAUUGCCGCUAUCCUGAACGUCAUGGGGAGUAUCCACGCCGACGUCAAGACGUUAGUGUGUGCUGUAUUUUACGUCCUAGCGGGACUCGCUCUGGCCGUCGGGAUAAUACUCUACAUCUCUGCAAUAAACGACGAGGUCGGCUACAGGGCCAGCUCCAAGAAAGAGGCUGGAGGCUUCGAAUAUGCCUACGGGUGGUCGUUUUUCUGUGCGGGAAUUUCAUUUAUGUCUUCCGAGGUAGCGGCUGUGAUUUCUGUGACUUUAUAUCUCCGGCGCAAUGCUAAAGUGGAGGACAUGAUCCGAAUUAUUCCUGGAUUAGAGGAAAAGGUGGAUUCUGACAUCAUGAAAGAAGAAGGUAUAAACAAUCAAACUAUAAUCCUGUGAAUGUUUCCGGUACCUGAUUCCUGGUUUUCAAGUGAUGACCAUUUUUAUUGGGAAUAAGUUUUAGUGCUAGAGCCAACUCAUUAAAUGAGGUUAUUUAAUACGUUGUGGCAUUGUAGUCAACGUUGACACGAGACCCUAAUUGUUUCCACUGUGUUUCUAAGGCGAUAUAUUAACGAUGAAUCAUCAUUGCAAAGUUAAUUGCUUCCAUGCGUUGUUAUCUAAUUGAAAAACAAUGUUUGAGUUUAUUGAAUGAGCA